AUGCAGCUCGCCGUUCGGCCUCUACAGAAGAUGGGGUUCUUUCGCAGGGAUAAGGACAAGAAGAAGCAGCAAAAGGGUCACCAGCAGUCAAAGUCCCACGAAUUCACAGACUCCCAGCUGUCAAAGUACUCUUCCCAGGUCCAGCAGAACUUCCGCAACGUCGCCUCCCCGCCCGGCGCUCACAUCCCCACGCGAGCAUCCGCCGCCCUUUUCCAGAGCCUGCCAAAGGAAAUCCUCCCGCGAAUAUUCUCAUUCGUGUGCCCCCACACCCAAGAUGAGACCUACGAGACGUGCGAGACGAGCGCCAUCUUUGACGCAUGCAUGCUAUGCGACCUAAGAGACCUCGCCCACUGCGCGCGCGUCUGCUGGAAAUGGAACCAAGCGGCCAAUGCCCUGCUGUACCACAGCAUCCGAAUCGACGCCGUCCACUACUGCCCCCGCGAGAUCUACCUGUCAGAGCAGCGCAAGCGCAAGACCUUCUUCAAGCGCAACGCCGAUCCCGAAGAUACCCCCACCGCCCGUCUGAAGCUGCUCUGCAGAACCUUGCGCGAGGAUCCUACACGCUUUGGCUCAAGAGUCCGAUACUUCAAGGUCCCCUAUAUGCUCCGCGAAGCCGCCACAGCCGACCUUGCCCGCAUCAUCCACGUUCUCCCCAACAUCGUCUACGUGGACCUACCUGAGGGCCUCUUCGCCGAUGAGCAUGGCUACGCCACGUUGAGGCUCGAGGUUGAGGCUAGAUGCCGAGACCUCCGCAAGAUGACGUACCGCGCAGGCGCUGAGAACAGCUUGUCCAAGCUAGCGCACGGCGGUAUCUGGCAGAAUCUCGAGGUCCUGGAGCUGAUCAAGAUCAACAUGGAUCCCAUCGUGCUGCGGCAUGCUCUGGCCAACCUGCGGAAGCUCCGCGCGCUAAAGGUCAUGGAGUCGCAAGCCUUCUCGGACGAUAUCUUUGCCCGCAGUGAAGAAUUGCCUCCGUUCCCGCCCCUCGAGGAGCUGGUCCUAAGCAAUACUCCAGCCGUCACCGCCCAAGGUUUGGUGGACUACCUGAGCCGGGCUGAUACCCGCAACCACCUGCUCGUCUUGUCCCUCCUCAAGACGGGCGUUCACCCGGCGACACUCGCUGACAUCUUGUCUGCGGGCACAAACCUGCAGACCCUGGCCAUCGAGGCCUCAGUAAGCGACGCUUUCAAGAGUGGACCCCGGACGCGUAGGCUCGCGUCGGUCUCUCUCGAGUCGCUACGUUUCGAAAUCACGGCUUCCAAGUCUGCGGGCCCUUACUCCAGUGUCACAGCUAGUUACUACACUUAUUUGGCCGCAUCGCUCAGAGGCAACGGCAUGCCCAACUUGCGGUCAGUCUACGUGCUGGACGAGUUCUUCCAAGACGAGCUCGAGGGUCUGCCCCGUCCCGCCGCGGCGUUUUCCUCCUACGGCGCCAACGCUCGUCCAAAAUCUUCGCACACGCCCGGAGCCAACCGGCCAAUGUCCGGUCUGGGCCCCGGCAGCGGUGGUCGCGGUGGUCUCGCGCCGCCUAGCAGCGCCGGCAUGGCGAUCCCUCGACCUUUCGCGGGGGCUUCUCAAGUGCGCGCCUCGCAGCGCUUCAGCUCAACGAAUCCUUUUGCCGGUACCGGCCCACUCUCACACCCUCUCACAAUCUACUGCAAGGCGGACGAUGCUCUGGACUGGUCGUCAGUGAUGCUUCAGCCUACGGCAGCACUAGGUGGCGGAUCUCGCCAUCGAGGAAGCAUGAGCAUUCACGGCGACCGGCCAAUUAGUUCCUACGGUCUUGGAGCCGAUAUCGCGGGAUCAGGCUGGAACACGGCGGCGGCGAGGAAGAGUGUCAUGGUGGGCAACGGCGCGGGUAUGUUCAUGGCCAUCCCGAGCCAGAGCACCGGUGGCAGCAGGGGAAGUGACGAGGAUCUGUGGCCGAGGCCCAGCACGGCGAAUAAUGAGAAGAAGUCGAAUGAUCUCUGGCGGUGA